UCUUUCGAAUGAUGGGCAACGUUUCAACUCGACUCCGACCAUCCAGACUUCUCAAACAAUCUAGGCUGAGAAAAGUAGUUCGGAAAGCUCCACCCACUCCAAUCACUGUUGCGGCUGAUGAAAGUCUUCAGAUUAAGGAUAACUCAUUGUUAGGACGACUGAAAGAUGUGUACGUGGACUCGGUAACCAAAACAAUGCAGAAAGCACCCAGUCCUGUCAAUCUUGGUGGUGACUUGGAAUCGAGACAUUCCCACAAACUACCUCAUUCAACAAACAGUCUAUCAUUGGACACAGAGUUAGAUCCCACCGAAGUGCCAUUGGGUCGCCUGUCUACUCGUCGAGCAGUAGAACUACUGAUGUUACAUCAGGGAGAAGAGGAAACAGCAGCAGUUGAAAUGAUAGCACAGAAAUUUAAGUUAGAUACGGAAGACACGAAGAGUAUAGUGAAAUAUUUUGCAGUUUUUAAACUUGCACAGGUUGAGGAGCUUGGCAAACCUGAUAUGAAAAUCUCACUGACUGAUUAGCUCUGGGGUAAUGACAUGUUAGUAUAUUGGA